AUGGAAAGUCACCGAAAUAGACAACUUAAGAAGGCAACCAAGAAGUCACAUCAGAUCACUUAUGAGAACGAAGAUGCUGCACGUUCAGCACUAAUAGAAUUCUGUAUCUAUGUGUGCUUCCUGACGGUGGCGCUCUUAGUUGCGACAUCUUCACGCCACAUGUCAAUGUAUUUCUUCAGCAAAGGCAUCGAGAAUCUGUUCUUAUCGCGCGAAGUCAACACGUUUACACACGAAGCUUCCGUAAGGUUCGCCGAUUUGGCUACAACAGCCGAUAUGUGGGCAUUUUUGGAAACGAAAUUCAUUAUCGAUCUACAUGGUGUUGGCGAUACAGGCGAUGGAAAUACAGGCGAUGGAAAUACAGGCGAUGGAAAUACAGGCGAUAACGCUUCGCAGCCCAGCACGUCGGGUGAGCGUACUGCGGGCACCCAUUCCGCGGAGAAUAAGCUUAUUUUUCUGGAACAGAACCUUGUAUUAGGCCCACCACGCUUGCGUCAAAUACGCGUGAAGGAGGGCAGUUGCGAUGUACACGAUGUCUUUGGUAGAUAUUUUAAUAAGUGCUAUGCGGAUUAUUCGAGUGGUGUUGAGGAUACUUCCAAGGAGUUUAAGAGCGCCAAAUAUAAGACGUUGAAUGAGUUGGGAGCUCACUCGAUUUGGGGUGAGAUCAGCACUUAUCGUAGCGGUGGUUUUGUGAAGGACCUCACCUACGACUUCAAUGAAAAUAAGCAAAUGAUGUCCAAUCUGAAGACGGAAAAGUGGCUAGACCGCGCUUCGCGUUUGAUAAUAGUUGAAUUCACGCUGUUUAAUGCGAAUCGAAAUAUAAUGAAUAAUGUUAA